UCCGCGCCGGGCGGGGUCUCCGCGCCGCCACGGGCGCACGCGAGGUCGCACGGACGGGGCCGGGCCGCGGGUGCCGGGAGGUGGCCGGGCCACCCGCGCCGCCGCCCCCCAGCCUGACGCACGGAGGGCCGGGCAGCGAUUUGCCGUGGGCCCGCCGCCCGGGCCGCUCCGCCCCCGGCCCGCCUCCCUCCCGCCUCGCCCAGCUCUCCGCCCGCCGCGCCGGCGUCCCCGCGUCGUCCCCAACGCCCGCCAGCCCGGCCCGCGCCAGCCAGCGUUUGAAAGCUAUUGCGCUGCCUCCUUCUGCCUACCGUGGCGUCUGAGGAGAGGCCUGCUGCCAUUCGAGUUGUUUUUCAGAGCACCGGAGGCAAGGACGUGAAAUGGAGGCCUCGGUGAUAUUGCCCAUCCUGAAGAAGAAGCUGGCCUUCCUUUCAGGAGGAAAGGACAGACGCAGUGGACUCAUCUUGACAAUUCCGUUAUGCCUUGAACAGACAAAUAUGGAUGAGCUGAGUGUCACUUUGGACUAUCUACUCAGCAUUCCAAGUGAGAAAUGUAAGGCCAGAGGAUUCACUGUGAUCGUGGAUGGCAGGAAGUCUCAGUGGAACGUGGUGAAGACAGUUGUCUUAAUGCUGCAGAAUGUCGUUCCAGCCGAAGUAUCCCUUGUUUGUGUAGUAAAGCCAGAUGAAUUCUGGGAUAAGAAAGUAACACAUUUUUGUUUUUGGAAAGAAAAGGAUAGACUUGGCUUUGAGGUUAUUUUAGUGUCUGCCAAUAAGUUGACGCGGUACAUAGAGCCAUGCCAGUUGACAGAAGACUUUGGUGGGAGUCUCACCUAUGAUCACAUGGACUGGCUAAAUAAGAGGCUGGUCUUUGAGAAGUUUACAAAGGAGUCUACAUCAUUGCUAGAUGAACUUGCUCUGAUUAACAAUGGAAGUGAUAAGGGGAAUGAACAGGAGAAAGAAAGGUCUGUGGAUUUAAACUUUCUUCCAUCUGUUGAUCCUGAGACAGUCCUUCAGACAGGGCAUGAGUUGUUAUCUGAAUUACAGCAGCGUCGAUUUAACGGCUCUGAUGGAGGGGUCUCGUGGUCUCCUAUGGACGAUGAGCUGCUGGCACAGCCACAGGUUAUGAAGUUGCUAGACUCACUGCGGGAGCAGUACACGCGUUACCAGGAAGUCUGCAGGCAGCGCAGUAAGCGCACACAGUUAGAGGAGAUCCAGCAGAAGGUGAUGCAGGUUGUGAACUGGCUUGAAGGGCCUGGGUCUGAGCAGCUGAGAGCACAGUGGGGCAUUGGCGACUCCAUCAGGGCUUCGCAGGCCCUGCAACAGAAGCACGAGGAGAUCGAGAGUCAGCACAGUGAGUGGUUCGCAGUGUACGUGGAACUUAACCAGCAGAUUGCAGCACUCUUAAAUGCUGGUGAUGAGGAAGAUCUCGUGGAGUUGAAGUCUCUACAGCAACAGCUUAGCGACGUUUGCUAUCGGCAGGCCAGUCAACUAGAAUUUAGGCAAAACCUCCUUCAGGCAGCUUUGGAAUUUCAUGGUGUGGCCCAAGAUCUGUCUCAGCAGUUGGACGGCUUGUUAGGGAUGUUGUGCGUAGACGUAGCACCAGCUGAUGGAGCAUCGAUUCAGCAAACUUUAAAACUGCUUGAAGAGAAGCUGAAAAGUGUUGAUGUGGGAUUGCAAGGCUUACGAGAAAAAGGUCAAGGUCUCCUGGAUCAGAUCUCCAAUCAGGCUUCCUGGGCCUACGGAAAGGAUGUAACUAUUGAAAACAAAGAAAACGUGGACCACAUUCAAGGAGUGAUGGAAGACAUGCAACUUAGGAAACAAAGAUGUGAGGACAUGGUAGAUGUGCGGAGGCUGAAGAUGCUUCAGAUGGUGCAGUUGUUUAAAUGUGAAGAGGAUGCAUCACAGGCAGUAGAAUGGCUAAGUGAACUUCUGGAUGCCCUGCUGAAGACCCACAUCAGGUUGGGUGAUGAUGCUCAGGAAACGAAGGUGUUACUGGAAAAACACAGAAAAUUUGUCGAUGUUGCACAGAGUACUUAUGACUACGGCAGACAGCUGCUGCAGGCCACAGUUGUGCUGUGCCAGUCUCUGCGCUGUACUUCCCGAUCCUCAGGGGACACACUUCCUCGCCUGAACAGAGUGUGGAAGCAGUUUACAGUAGCAUCUGAAGAGAGAGUGCAUAGGCUGGAAAUGGCCAUUGCCUUUCACUCCAAUGCUGAAAAGAUUUUGCAAGACUGUCCUGAAGAGCCUGAAGCGAUGAAUGAUGAAGAACAGUUUGAGGAAAUUGAAGCAAUUGGAAAAUCUCUUCUGGAUAGACUCACUGUCCCCGUGGUUUACCCCGAUGGAACUGAACAAUAUUUUGGGAGUCCAAGUGACAUGGCUUCUACUGCAGAACACAUCAGAGACAGAAUGAAACUGGUCAGUCUCAAAAGGCAGCAGCUGAGACAUCCCGAAUUGGUGACCACGGAGAGCUAAUGUUCUCAGCUCCCACAGAUCUGCAGGUCAUAUGCCCACACAUCUUUGCUGUUGGCACACUCUGGGGUUAGCCACAGCUCAUUAAGAUGCAUUUCACAGCAGGAUAAGCCUCCUUUCUUCCCACAACAGGUCUCUCUAAAUGCUAACAUUUCCUGACUACCAAGGCAUAAUCACGACAUGCUUUGAGACUGUAGACUCCUGGCAUCAAAAAGAAGGAACUGUAACCACCACACUGAGUCCUUGCUUUCACACUGUACCUGACUCAUCAAUUUGUAGACAAACAACUGAUACUAAGCUUUGAAUGGUGCUAAUCAGAGUUUAGAAAUUGUCUAUAAAAUAUGGCUGCCCUUCCACCCCAGGUGAUGUAGGAUAUUUAGACCAUAGUUAGACUGUUAGUGAAUAGUGGUGUCCUCAAAAAAUUUUACUUUGUAAUUCUUCAAAUUUGAUUAUUUUUAUUGUCUAUAUGAAGAAAACCCUUCAGAUCUUUGAUAUAUCAUAUUCAUUGAAAGACAUUUUCCUAUUGUAUUCAUAAUGUAUUAAAAGUUGUUUGUGCUUAAUAAAAUUUUUCUUUAAACAUCUUA